AUGGCGAGAAAUAACCCAAUCCACUUUAGAAAAAAUAAGUUGCGCGUUUACCCAUCGUUUGCCAGGAUGUAAUUAAAAGUAAAGGAGGACAUAUUGAUGAGUGAAAAAUAUGAUAAUUUUGAUUAUAAAUAAUUGUAUGUUGUUAAGGAUUAACAAAAAAAUGAAUGUUUCAUACAAAUAGUGUUUUCUUUGAAACAGGCAGCAGCGGUGGCCGCAGUAGUAGACUUUUCGAAUCCCGUCCCAGGAGAAACUUUUUUCUUGGCUAUGGAUGUUGUGAUUGUCCGUAGGUGGUAGACGGUCUCUGACUGUCGAACGCGGAGGUACCACCCGGCGGAUCUCGUAGGCGGGGCCAGAAUGUGUGCAUGUUGCAUGCACACGUGUUCCCUCGCCAGAGUCCGUGUGGCGUUCUCCCUUUCCCCUGUAUCCCCCUAUAGCCCCACGGUACC